UUUUGAAAUCAACACAAAUGAUAAUUUCUCUGAGACAGUGGCAUGGCGAUGGUCGUUGAUGUAGAUGCCAAAGGGGAGUUAGGGUUUCCGUACUGGACUCCAGUUCGUCGACGUUUUAGCCCCGAUUCUCCCUUCUUUUCUUGUGGUAACAUUGAGAGGGAGCUUCUCGCUAAACAGGUUGCAUUGGAUUUAACAGAAGAUGACAAGCAUCAGUUGCAGAAUUUGGUGGAUCAGGAUGGCAGGGAGGUUUUUUGUCCCAUUGUUGGGUGUGGUGCACACUUGACAUGUUUGGAAAACUUUGAAGACCACUACAAUACACGACACACUGCAUCCUGUUCGGUGUGCUCUAGAGUUUACCCAACGGCUCGCCUGCUCAGCAUACAUGUAUCUGAAGCACAUGAUUCAUUUUUUGAGGCAAAAGUUGCACGUGGCUAUGCCAUGUAUGAAUGCCUGGUGGAAGGCUGUGCUUUGAAAUUCAAGAACUACAAAAGUAGGCAACAGCAUUUGGUGGACAAGCAUAAAUUUCCCAGCGCAUUUGAAUUCUUCAAGAAGGCCCAUCCAUCAAAGAAGGCAAGACAGAAGCACCAGCGUAGACUAGCUAUUCGAAAGAGGGAGGAAACUUCAACCAAAAUGGAAGUAGAAGGUGAAACCAUUGAUGGCCUCAUAUCAGCAGUCUCUAGAUUAAGCACUUCAGAUUCACCUCCUUCUGUCAGCUUUGGUCGCCGCCACACUCGUGGUCUUAUGUUUGUACCUCGUACUGUUCAGCGAGAAAAUAGCUCACACAGUGGAACAAAGAGGUAGCCACCUAAGUUGUAAAUAACAUGCCUUCUUCCACCAAUACUGCCAAUGGCUUCGGCAUGUAACAAUGAAAAAGGCAAUAUGAGAGCUGUAGGAGACUUAUAAAAUGCUGUAGAUGAUCUGCAUAUUGCACAGAAUCAUCUAAAAUGCUGUAGGAGACAUGUUGUGCAUAUAAUUUGCACCCAAGGCGUCACCAUUCUGCUUGCAGACAAAUUUUAUUAUUAUUUUGAGGCUAUUUAUUUAUUUUUGUAAA